AUGGCUGCAAUUAUGUGCCAAUCAUACAUGGACUCCCAACUGGUGGAGUCAAGAAUACACAGACUCAUGCUGUCAUCUCCUCCCCAACAACCCAUUGGUUUACCCUCCAAAUCCUGCUUCUGGGAACCAAACCUCAAAUCCCAUUGCGAUACCACACUCCACAACCAAGCCUACGCUUCUUGGACCACCAUUCAAUCUCUUUCAACUGCUGCAAAAGAUAGCACAAGUGUGGGAAGCUAUGUGCAACCUGAGGUGAGACAAUCACCGGUGAGACUCAGCCCCAAGAGUCUGGAGCUCUGCACCGAAAACCUAGGGAAUGAGACAGGCAGCGACAUGAUAGAGAGCGGCAUUGAGUUGCUCUCUUCUCAUUCAUCAGAAUGCGGUGUAGGUGAAGCGAGUUUGGGGAUAAGGGAGAGGCAGAAAAGGAAAGCGCGUGAAGGUCGUAGCUUUCCACCACCCUUGACGACGAUAAGAGGAUCGGAGUCGAUACGAGUGAGGCCCCACAGAGAAGGUGGGAGGCUAGUGCUUCAGCUCACCAAGGUCCCAUCCUCUUUCCAAGCAGAGAGGAGCCCUGGACGCCUUCGCCUCUGCUUUUGGACUGAAAUGCAAUAUCAUCAUCAUGGUGAUGACCACAUUCAAGAGGAUAACCCAGAAGACGAGGUAGAAGAUAUAGAAGAACAUGAACGUGAACAUGAACAUGAAUAUGAACACGAACACGAACACGAAGAAGAAGAAGAAGAAGAAGAUGAACGUGUUGUUGCUGAGAAUAAUGGGUGUGAAUGGGAGCUCUUUCAUGAACAUGGAAAAGAGCGCAGAAACAGUUGGAAUGUUGAAGGUGCAGUGAGGGUGGAAAAUACAACGUUCGAGUGGCCAAACACCAGGUGCAAGGAAGGUGACCAUGACAACAUCAAUGAUUUGUUGAUGAAUUGGGGGGAACCAGUUCGUUUAAUUUCCAUUUAA